AACGGGAGCCAGAGGGAGGUAGCGGGGCCAGCGCCGCUCAAGUCUCUUAUCUCCUGGCUGCCUUCACCCCCACCCCAGCCGGACCCCGUCCGCCACCCGGCGAACAAAAGCGGGCCGCGGCGCACCAUGCGGCCACUCGGCGCGCAGCCCGGGCCCUGCUAGUGAACGCGCCAGCCCACGCCGGGCCCCUGGGCCCACCUGGCCACGCACCGCUCUGUACGCACCGCUCUGCUCCGGCCCCGUCCGCCCGGGGGCGCCGCCCGCCGCACCUCACUCGGAGUCGCGAGCUGGCGCCAGGGCGGCCGGAGGAUGCCGAGGGGCCGGAGCCGGGCAGGCCUGAGGCCGAGGCGCGAGCUGCCCCCCGCUCCUACCCCGUGAGCCCCGCCAGGCCCUCGACGCGUGGUUCCUGAGCCCGCCAUCCCGGGGGCUCCAGCCUGUGCUGCUUCCAGGAGGCCGCGCCCCUCUCCCCGCGGCGCUGCGGACUCCACCACCGCCUCCGCCCAGAUCUUAAGCCUCCGCCGCCGGCCAUGGAGGUGGCGCCCGAGCAGCCGCGCUGGAUGGCUCACCCCGCCGUGCUGAACGCGCAGCACCCCGACUCGCACCACCCGGGCCUGGCGCACAACUACAUGGAGCCCGCGCAGCUGCUGCCUCCCGACGAGGUGGACGUCUUCUUCAACCACCUUGACUCACAGGGCAACCCUUACUACGCCAACCCGGCCCACGCGCGGGCGCGCGUCUCCUACAGCCCCGCGCACGCCCGCUUGACCGGAGGCCAGAUGUGCCGCCCACACUUGUUGCACAGUCCUGGGUUGCCCUGGCUGGAUGGGGGUAAAGCGGCCCUCUCUGCAGCUGCAGCGCAUCACCACAACCCCUGGACCGUGAGCCCCUUCUCCAAGACGCCGCUGCACCCCUCAGCUGCUGGAGGCCCUGGAGGGCCCCUCUCCGUGUACCCAGGGGCAGGGGGUGGGAGCGGGGGAGGCAGUGGGAGCUCUGUGGCCUCCCUCACCCCCACCGCAGCCCACUCUGGCUCCCACCUCUUUGGCUUCCCACCCACACCACCCAAGGAAGUGUCUCCGGACCCUAGCACCACUGGGGCUGCCUCCCCGGCCUCCUCCUCUGCAGGGGGUAGUGCAGCCCGAGGUGAAGACAAGGAUGGCGUCAAGUACCAGGUGUCACUGACAGAAAGCAUGAAGAUGGAAAGCGGCAGCCCCCUGCGCCCAGGCCUGGCUGCCAUGGGCACACAGCCGGCCACACACCACCCCAUCCCCACCUAUCCCUCCUAUGUGCCGGCCGCUGCCCACGACUACAGCAGUGGACUCUUCCACCCUGGAGGCUUCCUGGGCGGCCCUGCCUCCAGCUUCACCCCUAAGCAGCGCAGCAAGGCCCGCUCCUGCUCAGAAGGCCGGGAGUGUGUCAACUGCGGGGCCACAGCCACCCCUCUCUGGAGGCGCGACGGCACCGGCCAUUACCUGUGCAAUGCCUGCGGGCUCUACCACAAGAUGAACGGGCAGAACCGGCCGCUCAUCAAGCCCAAGCGGAGACUGUCGGCCGCCAGGAGAGCAGGCACCUGCUGUGCGAAUUGUCAGACGACAACCACCACCUUAUGGCGCCGAAACGCCAACGGGGACCCUGUCUGCAAUGCCUGUGGCCUCUACUACAAGCUGCACAAUGUGAACAGGCCACUGACCAUGAAGAAGGAGGGGAUUCAGACUCGGAACAGGAAGAUGUCCAACAAGUCCAAGAAGAACAAGAAAGGGGCCGAGUGCUUUGAGGAGCUAUCCAAGUGCAUGCAGGAGAAGUCGGCCCCCUUCAGCGCCGCCGCCCUGGCUGGACACAUGGCGCCCGUGGGCCACCUCCCGCCCUUCAGCCACUCGGGACACAUCUUGCCCACCCCGACGCCCAUCCACCCCUCCUCCAGCCUCUCCUUCGGCCACCCCCACCCAUCCAGCAUGGUAACCGCCAUGGGCUAGGGACAGCCCCCCUCGAAUGGACAGACCGAUGCCAAGGAGGGUGGCCAGCAGUGCUGGGCUGGGUGCUCCCAGAUGGGUGGGUCAAACCCUUAGCUGCCCUCCCUUCCCUGGAGACUGAUGCCACUCCUACCAGCCCAGCCAGAGCCCACGCUGCCUCGCCGGUGGGCUCCGCUCAGCCACGGCAGCCACUGUGAAGAUUCUCACCGGGGUGGGGAGGCGGCCCCCAUCUGGCUGCUGCCAGGUGGGGUUUCCAUCACAGACAGUCAACUUGAUAAAAGAGAGGAGGGGGCAGAGGACAAAUGAAGGACACCGGUUUUUAGAAGGAAAGGGGAAUAGGCAAGAAUAAUUUAUUUUGCUCUUGUUUCUAACAAGGACUGGGAGACUGGGAGGUCUGAGCUGCCCAAGUUCUCCGGGUCUUCCUGGGUGCCAAGUGGCCCUUGACCCACCUGCUUGCCAGGGCGAUGGGGUAGGCCUGCAGGGACCUGAGCCUGCACCUUCUCCUCUGGCUUCCUUCUCUGAAACGCCGAACCCCAGGCUGGGCUGAGCCAGUGCAGAGGGGCUGCGGGCCGGGAGGCUGAGCUGGUGCAUGUCCUGGUGGCCAGGCCUGGGGGCAGAGACAAUCACAGGCGGUCCUGCACAGAUUCCCAGGCCAGGGCUGGGUCACAGGAAGGAAACAACAUUUUCUUGAGAGGGGAAACGUCUCCCAGAUCACUGCCUGGCUCUGAGGCCGAUGCUGUUGUGACCCGUGUUGUCCCCUCCACGAGCCUGAGCCACAGCCUGCCUCCUCUGCCAGGUGGACCCCUGUACAUACAUCCUUUUUCUGCUAACCCCUCAACCCCCUCCCCUCCCACUCUGAGACAAAAGAAAAAAUAUUAAAAAAAAAAACUGCAUAAGCUUAA